AACGUGCAGGAAUUCAACAAUGACGUACUAAGUAUUUCAUAAUAAUUAUAACGUUAUGCAAUACCUAGAUAUUACCGCAAUAUAUCGGUAGAAGUUGCAAAAUUAUUGCAGUUACUGACAGCCAUUAAAUAUUGCAUGAAAAGAAUCCCCAGUUUGCUAGUGCUGACAGCCUACCAAACCUACUAAGUACUUUAUCUUUAUCUAACAAAAGUUUUCCUUGCUUUGCUCCCUGGAAAAUUCCUAUAAAAUGAGUAUUCAAGUGAAAAAGAAGAGAAACACUCGUGUGUGUAGUAUCCGACCAAAAACUUGCCAAGACACUGUGCGACCGGACACGGGUGACGAGGAGGCCGCUGCACGUCCUGUAACAGUGCAGUGCACCAGCCGGCCCGACGAGGACACGACAGUAAAUCCCGUCGGUGACACCGGCACAGCCAAUCGUCGUCCAGCGACCAUGCAAAAGAACAUGGAUACGCAGCGAUUAAACCAUGCCAUUGGACUUUUCACAUCAAAACACUAUCACCGGGCGUUGCCCAUUUUCGAGCAACUGGCUGCUACUCGCCGCAGUAUCCCGGCCAUGUAUCAUAAAGCCGUCAUGACCUUUGAUGGUAUGGGCACUCCUGAAAGCACGCGCGAAGGGCUGAUGCAACUUAAAAAGGUCUACGCGGAAGCGGACAACAGUGACACUGAUGUGGAAUAUAAGCAUUUGGCGUGCUACCAAAUUGGGCAAGCGUAUGAGCAGGGUAUUGGCGCCCGUCAGGACACCCAACAGGCGGUCAAAUGGUGGCGGUUAGCCGCCAACGAAGUCAAAUAUGAUCCACACUUAGACGUGUCCGCUGAGCACCAACUUGUAACGGAUGCCGGGACGAAAUGCCAGAUCCUCUUAGCCCAUCAUUACGCCCACCUGCCGACGCCAGACUGGGAACAGGCUUACCAAUGGUACCGGGAAGCCGGUCAAAAUGGGUCUGUAGAGUCCAUGCUGCAGGUGGCUCUAAUGGAAUGGUACGGUCUGAGUCCGACGGAAGACGAAAUCGAGCGGCAGCUGACAAUUGAGACGUUCCUGACGGAAGCCGCACAGGCCGGGAAUAUCUGCGCCAUGGGCAAUCUGGCGCUGUUUUCCCUGCACGGCCACCAACAACCACUGGCUUUUCACUGGGCAUCGCAGGUGAUCGAGCGAGUGACCGCCCACCGGACACUGGGCGCUGCUGUCCCGGCCAUUCAGGCGUUGUCCCACAACGACAACACCCAGGAAGCGCUGGUAAAGAGCAUCGUCAUGGCUUAUUUCGUGCUGGCGCAUCUGCACAAUGUGGGAGCAGUGGCCACUCUGGAUAAGGAAAAAGCGGCAGAGUUCUACGAAGUAGCAUCGGCUAUCGAUGCCGAUCUGGUACAAGCGCUGGAUAAUCUCCUGGAAAGCGAUAACCAACUUAUAUAAGACCAUUUUUUGUGGCAUGCUUGUUUCUUAUGUGUAUAUCCUUAUGUGUAUUUUGCGAGGCGGAAUAUCUUACAAGUCGUACAUUACGUACUAUAGAGUCCCAAACUGUAGUUCUUUUGCGAACAGCACCGAGAGGAAAACUUCCAAAAGAGAUAAAUUUACUGUAGUUGCU